AUUGGGGGGGGGGGGCAAGAGACAGCGAACCAUGUUUGCUGAUCUUUGUUAUGAAAGUUUGGCGGAUCCAGAGAAGUCCUGGCUUGUGCCCAAUGUGUGGGAUUGGGAGGAGUGUUGGUGUAAGGCUUGUGCGCUGGGGGGACACUGAUUGGGGGGACUUUUCGAAGUGCAGUCCUUUCCUUGUCUACCGAGAAGUAAGUCGCCAGUGGAUUCAAAACGGAUUAUUCCCCGUUGCGUGCGUGUAGGAGUGUGAGCUCAUUUUGGUGUCGUAUUUUUCUAAAGAUGAGAUGCGACUGGUUGAAAUCGAAUCCACGAAUUCUUACUGGAGAGAAGUGGUCCUCUUUUAUUCAGUGGUGAUGAUGUGGCACUUUGUACAUGCUCGGGAGACACUUUAACUAUGAUUUCCCAGCUUUGGGCUGGGUGUGCCUAGAUAGCAGGAUUGAAAAGGGAUCCUGGAUGGCCUUCGCUUUAAGGAAGCUCUCUGGGCUGACAUGGGCUGAAGUUACCCAGGGGCUGCCCUGCCGAAGAGGAGUGUAGUGUCACUGAUGAUUUUGCCGCAAUGUAAGCCGCGAAAGAAAGGCCCCUGGAAACCCGAGUUAUUCACUCAUCUGGACCAGAAACUACAGCAAGGCUGCCGCCGGCAUUCACACGCCCAACGCUUCUUCUGGUGCUUCCUGGAGCUUGGGAGCACUCCGGUUGCCAUGUCCUACCCCCAGUUCGGAUACCCUUACUCAUCCGCACCCCAGUUCCUGAUGACCACCAACUCCUUGACAACUUGCUGUGAGACCAGCGGCAGGUCCUUAGCGGACUCAGGAGCAGCACCCUCCACUCAGACCCCUGUCUACUGUCCGGUGUAUGAGAGCAGGCUGCUGGCCACAGCCAGGCAUGAACUUAACUCAGCAGCUGCCCUAGGAGUCUACGGGAAUCCCUACACAAACACCCAAGGCUAUGGCAACUACGUCACCUACGGGACGGAGGCAUCAGCCUUCUAUUCCUUGAAUAGCUUUGAUUCGAAGGAUGGGAGUGGAUCUGCGCAUGCGGGCAUUACCCAGGCGACUGCUUACUAUCCCUACGAUCACACGCUCAGUCAGUAUCAAUAUGACAGAUAUAGCACCAUGGAUGGAGGGACACGGAGGAAAAAUGCCACUCGGGAAACAACCAGCACACUGAAGGCCUGGCUGCAGGAGCACCGCAAGAAUCCCUAUCCAACUAAGGGCGAGAAGAUCAUGCUGGCCAUCAUCACCAAGAUGACCCUCACGCAGGUCUCCACCUGGUUUGCCAAUGCCCGUAGGAGGCUCAAGAAGGAGAACAAGAUGACAUGGCCCCCAAGGAACAAGUGUACUGACGAAAAAAGGCCCUACGAGGAGGACGAGGAGGGAGAGGGUCAAGGGGAGAACCUAAAGAACGAGAAAGUCGAGGAACACUCCGGCAAGGAGGACAAAGAGCUGGGCCUAAGCGACUUGGACGACUACGAUCCGCUGGAGUCGGAGAGCUCGGAGGGCGAGCUGAAGGCUCAAGCCUUCGGCCACGUGGAGAGCGAUGCGUGCGCCAACGAGCCAAGCAAGGAGCCUGCUCUGGUCACGGGCGCUGCCUCGCUGGAAAGCACCCUCGACAGGGCCAAGAGCUGCCUCAAGGAGCCUGCGUCGGGGCCAGACGGCUGCGAGGCGGCGGAGCUGCUGAACGCCAGGCAGAGGAGCUGCGAGGCCAAGCCGUGUUACCACCACCAGCAGCCGCAGCAGCAACCGCCGCCGCCGCCGCCUUCGCCGCUCCUGGAGGGCAGCGGUAAGCCGAGGAUCUGGUCGCUGGCGCACACGGCCACCUCGCUCAACCAGGCGGAAUACCCGUCGUGCAUGCUGAAGCGCCAGCAGGGGGCGGCGAGCGGCGUCGGGGCCGCGCAGGCCGUGAGCGUCCUCGAGAGGCCCCCGAAGGAUUCCCCCGUUACGAACCUCAGGAACUGGGUGGACGGCGUGUUCCACGACCCCCUCUUCAGGCACAGUACUUUGAACCAGGCCUUGAACAGCACCACAGUGUCUUGGGCGACCACCAAAGGCUCCAUCUUGGAGACGGGAGCUUUGGGGCGCUCCCUGGGGGGCGGAGCCGCCAUGCUCAAGGGGCAGCUGGCCGGCCUGGCUGGGCCCCAGGACUCCGGCAAAGACUUCCUGGCUUUUCCCAAAGCGGGCAGCAAGAUGUUCUGCUCCUAACGACCAAGCCCCGUCCCGUCCGCCUCCCUGGGUCAGGGUGGGAAAAAGGCAAGGUGGAGAAAGACUCAGGCCUGGCGAGCCGCUGAGGCGGGGUGGGCCUGGUGGCUUGGUGGGGAAUCCGAAAGACUUGGAGAGAGCUUAGAUUUGGGCAGGAAACGUUUUUCAGGAGCGGAACAGAACGGGCUUUUUAAAAGUGCGGCUGCAGAUUUCAGGCGAGAAAAAGACUCCCUUCUCUGUUGCCUGGGAGUUUUUAUAACCUUCAGCAAUCGAGGUCUUCAUCACGGAUCUUUCCCUCCAGCGCACGCGCCGCCUUGAGAAUUUCCCGGGGCGAGUUUACAAGGCGCGAGGUUCGAAUCCGGCUUCUUCGAGGAGGGGAGGGGGCCGUUUGUCUCGUUCUUUUCUUUCCUUAUAAUUUGUGGCAUGCCGAUCGUAGUUACCAAAAAGACUUUCUUGGACUUUUUUUUCCCCUCUCUCUCCUCUUUUCAUUGUUAGCAUCUCAUCCACAAAGAUCGCACUUCUUUCACCGAGUUGAGACCCCAUUGCGCUCACGCACACGAGCACAGAAUUUUUGAACAUGACAAAUAAGCUAUGUCGAAAAGGUAUGUUCACCCCAAAUAAAUUGUCUGUCUCU